AAGGCCAAGGGGCGUGUUGUUAUAGGGCGUGGCUGGCUGAAGAAUAUGGAGGAAGCUGAAGCUCAAGAAGAAUAUGCUUUGAGUAGACGCUACUGGACACUGAGGGAUAUCGUUAAAGACAAGAAAAUAGAGGUAGCAACAGCCAUGAAGAGUCAUCAGGAAAUAUCAAAAAAGGUUGCUGAGUUGUUGCUUCUAAGGAAAAGAGUAAGCCUAUUAAAGGAGUCUUUAACGUAUCAAAAACAAACUUUUGAGAAAGCCAGUAAAGAUUUGGCUCAGAUCAGACAGUCAAACAAUCGGAAAGAAGAGAAAUUAAAAAGGGCCAAAAGUAGAGACUUGGGCAAGAAAUACUCGCAAGCAAAAAAAGAAUGCAGCAUCAAGGAAGCUACACUAAGCAAAGAGAAAACAGAUUUAUUUGAAAUGAGAAGAAACUUCAUUACUCAGCUAAUGAACAGGGUCUUUCCCCUCUAUGUGCCAACAACACAAGAAGGCAUGCCAAUGACUGAAGGCAACGAAGAGUCAACCACUGACUCAUUUGAAUAUGACAUUAUCACCAAUCACUUACCGCCCCAAUCAUCAUCAUCAUCAUCAUCAUCAUCAUCAAUAUCACACAGAAGAAAUAAACCAGUGCCACUACAUUGCAUUGGACUUGCCAGUCUUCCAGCCAAUGGAAUAAUGAGAGACUAUGUUGAUGCAGUUAAACUAAAGAAUGUAAAGUCUCAAGUGACUUUAGCUCCAGAUGACCGACCAGAAGAAGAGACGGAUCCAUUGAGUGAUCAAGUACUGUCGGUGUCUGCUGCUCUCUCUUUUGUUACUCAUUCGGUUUCUAUCAUUGCUAGAAUAUUGGAUCAGGCUUUACCAUAUCCUCUUCUCCUGCCAGUGAUUCUGUGUGAAUAUGGACGGCCUGACAGAAAAGCUCAGACUAUUAUUCGGUUUCUUGCAAAAUUAGAUGACAACAUCACUUUCCUAUGCUUCACACAAAAUGUCCCUGUGGACUUAUUGACAGUUGGCCACACACUCAAAAACCUCUCAGUCUUGGUUGAAUAUUCUGAGCUAGGAAGGAACGGACCAUUCACAUGUCAUCCUGAGCUCCUUCAUUGCUCAACUGUGAACAAGAAGCAUCGAAUGACAAGAGAACAGAACUAUACAACACCCGAAUGGGAAACAGAGCCACCAAUACUGCACAGAGCUCAUCAAGAAGACCUAACUCAGGAGCAACCAUUAGACAUUUCUGCUGCCACGAGAGAGAGUGAUGAUGAUCUUUGCAGUCAAUCGGAUGAUUCAGAAGAUGAUGAUGAUGAUGAUGUCUUAAUGCAGGGAUGGGAAGAAGUGCAGGACCUGAUGGUGCCCACUAGGUUUUUUCCGGGCUUUCAUGGAGAGAGGCUUGAGUAUGGGGUCUCAACUGCCGAGAUCAGUCAUCAGAGUGUCCUUAAUGAGGUUGGGGGGAUGCAUAGGGAGGAGUCUAAUCCUGUCCAGUAUUCCAGUGGAUUGUUGAACACUUUGAGCAGCUUGCUGGGCUCAGCCUGGACAAGACAACAACAAUAAAUAAAAAA